CAGCUCACUUCAGAACUCCAGGCCUCAGAUCUCCACCCCACAAAAAGAAAGAAAAAAUAGAGAGAGAGAGAGAGAGAGCCUAAACCUAACCCUAGGAGGGGGAAAAAGACGAUGCAGUACAAAAACCUAGGCCGAUCCGGCCUCAAAGUCUCCCAGCUCUCCUACGGAGCCUGGGUCAGCUUCGGCAACCAGCUCGACGUCAAGGAGGCCAAAUCCCUCCUCCAACUCUGCCGAGACAACGGCGUCAACUUCUUCGACAACGCCGAGGUCUACGCCAACGGCCGCGCCGAGGAGAUCAUGGGCCAAGCGAUCCGCGAGCUGGGCUGGAAAAGGUCCGAUCUUGUCAUCACCACCAAGAUCUUCUGGGGUGGGCCCGGCCCAAACGACAAGGGCUUGUCCCGGAAGCACAUCGUCGAGGGGACCAAGGCGUCGCUGAAGAGGCUGGACAUGGAUUACGUGGACGUGCUGUAUUGCCAUCGGCCGGAUGCGGCCACGGCCACGCCGAUGGAGGAGACGGUGAGGGCGAUGAAUUACGUGAUUGAUAAGGGGUGGGCGUUUUACUGGGGGACGAGCGAGUGGAGCGCUCAGCAGAUUACUGAGGCUUGGGCGGUUGCUCAAAGGCUGGAUCUUGUUGGGCCGAUCGUCGAGCAGCCGGAGUAUAAUUUGUUGUCGAGGCACAAGGUUGAAGUUGAGUAUUUACCUCUUUACAGCAACUAUGGAAUUGGUCUGACGACAUGGAGUCCACUGGCAUCAGGUGUUCUUACAGGGAAAUAUAACAAAGGAAAUAUCCCACCUGAUAGUCGGUUUGCUUUGGAGAAUUACAAGAAUCUUGCGAGUAGAUCACUCGUUGAUGAUACUCUGAGGAAAGUCAAUGGACUGAAACCCAUUGCGGAUGCUCUUGGUGUUCCUUUAUCUCAACUGGCCAUUGCUUGGUGUGCAUCAAAUCCCCAUGUCUCGUCGGUAAUUACAGGGGCAACAAAGGAGGCUCAGAUUGUAGAGAACAUGAAGGCUAUUGAUGUCAUUCCCAGGCUGACACCGGAUAUUCUGGAGAAAAUUGAAGCAGUCGUCCAAAGCAAACCCAAACGCCCAGAUUCAUACAGGUAAGUCUCUUCUUUAUAUUUAAGGAAGCAGAAUGGUGGAUGGAUUUGUAAUGAUCAUUGGGUAUACCCGAUGCAUUGGGGAUUAUUGUCGUUAUUUAAUGUGUUGUUUUAUGUGUGUUUAUAUUUGAGCUCUUGUCGGACUCAUCAAUGAACUCAAGAUUUGUGAAUGGUUUGACAUUUCACAUGAUAUAUGUACUAUUACGAUGUGUCCUAUAUUAUGUAGUUUUUGCAGUAUCAUAUGAUAGUAGAUUUGCGCA